CUGCCAAGGACUCUCGCUGUGCGUACUAGCGUUCGCAGCCGAGGACUCUAGAGCGCGAGACAACAUCAUCAUCAGGACAUCAGCGAAAUUCCGGAUUAAUUCAGCCGCAGUACCCAGAACCAAAAAACACCUCUGACCGUGCUGAAAGAUCAACAUCAUGAACCCUGUUUAUAACCCUGCAUCAUCAGGGGUUCCUUAUGCCAACAAUAAAGGAAUAGGAUACCCAGUGAAUGUCUUGGCCUCUCUUGCAGCGGGAUUUCCUGUUGGUUAUGCUGCGGCAGCUCCAGCAUACUCCACCAACAUGUAUCCUGGAGCUAACCCAGCCUUUCCCACAGGUUAUGCUCCUGGGGCCCCUUUCAAAAUGUCCUGCUCUCCAACAACAGGUGCUGUACCCCCCUACUCCUCAUCACCUAACCCGUACCCUGCUACUAUCUACCCUGUGAGGAGUCCCUAUGCCCAACAGAACCCAUAUGCACAGCAGCAAGGCACUUACUACACACAGCCCCUUUAUGCUGCACCGCCCCAUGUCAUUCAUCAUACGACCGUAGUUCAGCCCAAUGGCAUGCCGGCAGCUAUGUAUGCUCCUCCCAUUCCCCCUCCUCGCCCUAAUGGAGUUGCCAUGGGAAUGGUAGGAGGCACCACCAUGGCGAUGUCAGCUGGGACGUUAUUAACUACUCACUCCCCGACCCCAGUCGCACCCCACCCCUCAAUGCCCACGUACCGCCAAUCCGCUACUCCCACCUACAGUUACGUGCCCCCACAAUGGUGAACAUGGCAGACACUGUCACAAGAUGGUAGAUAUGCAUUCACACUGUCCAGUAUUUUUACAAUUGGAGCUGACACUAAAAGUGUUAUCAGCCAGUUGCUCUUCCUUUCAAACGUAAUGUGAAUCUGAUUCCAGUUGGCAGACGAAAGGAAACGUUGGAAAGGGAAAAAGAAACUUCCAAGUCUGGCUCCAUUACUUCCCAUCCAUCACUCAUUUCUACUAAAUAUCUCACGGCCGAAGACCAGACAAGCUCUUCAUGCUGAUUUGUGUUGUGUGGACUGUCUUGCAGUUUUUUUAGCUAACUCUUUAAUUGGUGAUAAUUGAAGGAAGUUGGAAUUAGUUUUUAUUGGAAUACCUAUUGAAUGCAUGUUUGUAUUUAAAAGACAAAAAAAGAACAGCGCUAGCUCACUCUACCAGCCAUGAAAGAAGCAAAAACAUCAGCAGUGAUUUCAAGCAAAAAUCCAAAGGGAUGGGGAAAACAUAAGUGUAUAUUAAAUGCAAUGUCUUAAUUGUUCUUUCAUACAAUAUAUUAAUAAUGUUAGCAUUUAAGAGGAACACAUUUUUCUGUUUCCAUUAUAUUAUUAUUAUUUUCACCCCUGGUUUUAAUUUGAGUGUCUGUAGCUCUACAGGCAUUGUUUGUCUUCUCUGGGUUUGACACUGUGUUUGUUUCUGUGGUGCCCCUCCAGGAGGGCAGACCCUUAGUGUGUGUGCCUCUGCUUCAGAUGCCUGUUUUUAGUUGAUUAGAUUUAUCAUUCUACAUGCUCUUGCUGCAGUUAAUUGUUGCACUAAUUGUCUAUGUGUACAUAAAGUGGUUGGUUGAGCUGUAUUGGUGCUGAGAGCAUGCUUACUCACUUGUGUACCUUUGGUUUGAUUUUCUUACAUUUUAAAAGUCUUACUGAAAAUUUAAAGGGCUAGUUCACCCAAUAAUGACAAUUAUGUGCUCGUUGACUCACCCUCAUGUUGUUUCUGACCUGCAUGAGUUUUGCUUUUCCAUUGCAACGCAUGAGGAGAAAUUUGGUAGAAUGUUGACACUGCUCUUUUCCGUACAAUGAAAGUAAAUGUGUUUGCGGCUAUAUUUCUUGUCCUGUUCCAUGGAAGAAAGUAUGUUUUAGGGGGUUGAAACAACAUGAAGGUGGGUAAUUUACAGAAUUUUCAUUUUUGGGUGACCUAUCUCUUUAAAGUUGGAGUCAUUGGUAAAUUGCGACAUUUUAAGUUUAAACUGUUUAUGUGGUUAAUUAAAAUAAAAUAAAACUCAAUUAAGUUAAUUUAAUAACACUACUGGUAAUCUUUGAGGAGGUUAAUUUAAGUUAAUUAGUUAUUAUGGACCCAAACACUACAUUGCUUGUUACCUCAUUAUUACACCGUAAAUUACGGAAUUGUGUUGUUUUUUUCUUUUUACAUUGCCACUCGUCACUUCGGUUAUCAAAUGUUUUGUAAUGUUUAAUGUGUUUUUGUUUUGUAUUUUCAAGAAAGAACAAAAAAUAAAUACUGUA